AUGUCAGUAGAAGGUCACCGAACCUCGCAAUCAACCCCAGCGGAAGGUACCGACUCGAUCGGUAGCAAGAAAGAGCCCAUGACCGAGUUGCACGCGGUGUCGACCGUCGACAAGGGCGAUGUGAUCGAGGUCUCAGACUACACCGCGGAGCAGUACGCGAAAAUCAGAUGGAAGGUCGACCGUCAUGUGAUGCCCUUACUAUUUUUCAUCGAUGGUAUCCAGAUCGUCGACAAGAAUGCGUUGAGCAUUCAAGCCCUCUUCGGGCUGCGUCAAGACACGGGCCUCGUCGGACAGCAGUACCAGUGGCUAACCACCAUAUUCUACCUCACAUAUCUGCUCGGCCAGUUCCCGUCUGUGUACAUCAUGCAGAGGUGGAAAUUGGGCAUGUCACUGUCAACCUACAUGUUCUGUUGGGGCACGGUCCUCAUCUGCAUCAGUGCGAGUCAGAACUUUGCCACUCUGAUGGCACUACGAGCGCUACAAGGCUUCUUCGAAUGUCCGGUCAAGCCUGGUUUCCUGCUGCUGACGGGCGCCUGGUAUCGAACUGAUGAGCAUUCCAGCCGCUCCAUCAUCUGGCAGUCAUCGGAAGGUCUGAUGGCUAUCAUUUGCAACUUGAUCCUCUAUGGAAUCGCACAGCACGCUGAGAAGCACUCCGGAAUCGAUGCGUGGCGGACAGUCUCGCUCUUUCUGGGUUCGCUCACCAUCGUCGGCUCGAUUUGGAGUUUCUACAGCUUGGGUUCUCCUCAUGAAGUGCGCUGGCUGAACGCGGAUGAGAAGCGCAUUGCCACUGCACGAGUCAUCCAGAACGGCGCCGGUCAGGACACCACAGGAAAACGCUGGGACUGGGCUCAGGUUUUCGAGGCUUUGAGAGAUCCGCAGUUCUACUUCUCCUUCUUCAACACUCUGCUCGCCAAUAUCCCCAAUGGAGGUAUCACAACCUUCAGCUUCCUCAUGUACCAGACUUUUGGAUUCAGCUCGUAUGAGUCCAUGCUCUGGGGUCUCCCUCGUCUUGCCGUCUACGUCAUCGUCUUCAUUCUGGUGGCCUUGUACACUCAGAAAUUCCAGAACCAGCGACUGUACAUCAUGAUUCUCUGCUGCCUUUUACCCUUCGUUGGCAUGCUUGUCAUGUCGUUGCUGCCAAACAUCCCCGAGUACAAAUGGAUCAAAUGGGCCAUGUUCAUGCUCACGGUUGUCUUCUCUCUGUCGAUCUUCCUGGCCUGGAGCUUGAUGCCCUCCAACAUCCUCGGCAAGACCAAAUACUCUUUCACCUCCGCCUCCACGCUGAUUGCAUACUGUGUGGGCAACAUGGUCGGCUCGCAGGUCUUCCGCACCAAGGACGCACCCCGCUACGUUGUCGGCACUGUCGUCUGCUCCGUCUGCUUCGGUCUACAGGCUCUUCUCAUCCUGUGCUGGCGAUUCUACUACAUGUAUGAGAACAAGCGCCGUGACCGCCUCAUGGCUGAGCAGGGUAUCUCCAAGGAGGACCAGGAGCGUCUGGCGAAAGAGCUGGGUGAGCAGGGGAAGACGGAUAGGGAGAAUAUCUACAUCCGUUAUGCAAUGUAA